AUGGCGAACCAAAUUACUAGCUCCAACGAUGACGAGAUCUCGUACAGUCACGGUCACGGUGACCCCGACCUCCAGGUCAAAGUUCAAGACUGCACCUUCCACGUCCACAAGACGGUCCUGAUGGAGACGUCCGACUACUUCCGCGCCAUGUUGGAAAGUGGCAUGAGAGAAAGUCGGGAAAACUCCGUCCAACUUCAAGGUUUCACGGCAGAAGCCUUUCAGAUCCUUCUGGACUUUCUGUACGAAUCCAAGCCAGUCAAAAUGGACGAUAAACUACACGGUGUUCUUGAGAUGGCACAGUUUCUCCAGAUGCGGCCAGUUCUGGACUAUAUCAAGAGUAAACUCAGCUGUGAGAACUGUGUCCAUCUGUACAUGCUGGCUGAUACCUAUGUGAUCAGCGAUCUGAAGGAAGAUGCAGCACAGCUCAUGGGGGACAAUUAUCUCAAGUUUCUUCGCUCGGAAGUUUUCGAAGAGCUGAGGGAGGAACAGCGAGAAGAGGUUCGGAAGACGCGCUUCAGACACCAGAAGUUCUUGUGUGGUGUGAACACGGGGUAUGUGACGUGGCCCGAGCCAGGUCCCAGGGAAUUCAUGUAUUACGACAGCUCAAAGGACGUCUGGAAAUUGUUGACUCAAAAGCCCGAACAGGCCUGCAGACGGGGAUGGGGCGUGGCCGUCCUGGACAACUACAUUUACGUCAUGGGGGGGUACAGCACUCCGAGGUCUAUCCAUCCUUCCGGCGACGGCGACGUUCAAGCCUACAACUUCUGCUACGAUCCUGUGAAGAACAAGUGGACGGAGGAACGCGCGAUGAACGAAGCCAGGGCUUAUUUUGGCGCAGUGACUCACGAUGACUCGGUCUACGCCAUAGGCGGGUUUCAAUAUCACUUUCCUGUGCAGACAAUGGAGAGAUACAUCCCUGAACAGGACAGGUGGGAGUUCAGACGGUCCUUACCUGGAGACUGGACUAACUACGAUCUAGCUGUCGUCUGCAAGGGAGACAUUUACGUCAACUCGGAAGAACGAUGGGAGGAAACGUUCUCCCUUCUGAAGUACGUAACAAGCAUCAACCAAUGGGAGAUUGUUUCUGAGCUGCCCAGAAAACGGGACAAGAACAGUAUGGUGGCGGUGGGAGAAACCAUCUACCUUCUCGGUGGACUUGUUCCCGGUGUAGACUGCUUCAACGUCACAACGAAACAGUGGUUCGUACUUGAAGACCACCCGGCCACAGAGGCUAUUCACUACGAGAAGGGCUGUACGGAAAUGGACGGGACGAUCUACGUGUUAAACGGUGAUGACAUGGCAUGUUAUAUCCUGGAAGCGCAGACUUGGGUGCAGGGGUUGUCAGCCUUCCCGGGAGGGGUCAACACCAACAAAGCAAUCGUCGUGCAUCUGCCACCUGAAGGGCAAGUUUUGUAGUUCUGUGAUGGUCUACAAGACCUCUCUAGCUUGACGUUUCCACUCACUGAAAUAGUCCACCAGCAGUACGUUUACCACGUGUAAAACUAGCUAUAGGUAUGUAUGUGUAGGGUACGUACCUUCAAAUAAGAUGUACUCCAAUGCGGGUCCAAAUUGGACUGCUGGUUGUAGCCGGCUGGUCGACGAAGGUAUAGGAUUGUUGAACUCCUGUUUUCUACA